CUCUCUCUGUCUCUCUCUCUGUCUCUCCCCCUCUCUCUCCCUCUCUCUCUCUCUUUCUCUCCCUCUUUCGCUCUCGCAGACUGUGUGCGUGCAGCAGGGGGAGAUGAGCAGGUAGAGCUCUGUCCAUCCCUCCCGUUCGUGCUGCACGUGCGCUCUUUAGUGAGACUGUUCAUUUCGCAGUUCUUCUCCCCCGGGGACACAUGGAAGCUCACUCGGGAUCAGAGUAGCCCUUUCCCUUUUUGGCCCCCUUUCUUUUUUUGGGGGAGGGGUGGGGGGGUUUGGGGAGACCCCCGCCCCUCCGGGCGACACUUAGGGGAGGGGUAGUUCAGGUCUCUUUCUCGCUUUCUCUCUCUCUCUCUGCCCCUGAUGAAGUCCUGCCAGAGCCUGAAAGAGGAGGUUUCGUUGCCCCCCGGUUCGGGCGGGAUGCCCCAGGAGGAGGGGCGCAGGGCGGUGGGGCCCCAGGGGUACUACCACCCCCCUGCCGCAGAACUGGAGCUCUCCAGCAGGCUGUACAAGCGGGAGGGCGGGGGGCAGCCCUACUCGGUCCUGGUGGAGGGCAAGAUGGGCGAUCCGGGCCCCGGCCAGGGAGCCCCCGCCCAGCAGGGCAGCCAGCCGCAGUACUACAGGGAGGGGGGCGCCUCUGCGCCCGAGGGCGGCGUUCGGGCCCCCCCCGGACCCCUGCCCGGCGCCCGGGACACCUCCGAGGACACGGGGGACUCCGAGGAGGAGGAGGACGACGACGAGGACGAGGAGGAGGAAGAAGAGGAGGACGAGGAGGAGGCGUUCAAGAGGGAGCAGAUCAUCGUGGAGGUGAAUCUGAACAACCAGACGCUCAAUGUCUCCAAGGGCGAGAACAAGCCCCCCGCCUCCUCCGACCCCACGGCCCGGGUCAAGUCCGGCAGCGAGGAGGAAGAGGAGGACGAGGAGGAGGCGGAGGAGGAAGAUGAACGGGAGACUCCUGAGGAAGAUCAGGAGGAGGAAGAAGAGGAGGAGGAGGAGGAGGAAGAGGAGGAACCGGAGGAGGAGGAGGAGAAGGAGAGCAGGAGAACACGGGCUAAGAGGUCCCGGAGAGGCGGCCCCAUCCCAAACCGGCCUCGGCGGAAGAUCCGUCGGGUCGCCGCGGCGAGCGCCAGCACGUCGCUGCCCGGUGUCACCACCAGGGGGCGGCAGAAGAUGGCGGAGCCCGGCGGGAGGAGGCACAGGGCGGGCCGAGAGCCCAGGGCGGGCGCGUCCCGCUCGAGCGGCGCCGCGGCGUCGGCGGCCGGGGCCACGCCCCCUGGCACGCCCGCGGGGAAGGCCGGCGGCGAGGAGCGGGAGACGCUGGCGUGCGAGAAGUGCCCGCGCGUCUUCAACACGCGCUGGUACCUGGAGAAGCACAUGAACGUCACGCACCGCCGCAUGCAGAUCUGCGACAAGUGCGGCAAGAAGUUCGUCCUGGAGAGCGAGCUGGCGCUGCACCAGCAGACUGACUGCGAGAAGAACAUUCAGUGCGUCUCCUGCAGUAAGUCCUUUAAGAAGCUGUGGUCGCUGCACGAGCACAUUAAGAUUGUGCACGGCUAUGCAGAGAAGAAGUUUGCCUGCGAGAUCUGUGAGAAGAAGUUCUACACCAUGGCGCACGUCCGCAAGCACAUGGUUGCCCACACUAAGGACAUGCCCUUUACCUGUGAGACCUGUGGGAAGUCCUUCAAGCGCAGCAUGUCUCUGAAGGUGCAUUCUCUGCAGCACUCUGGAGAGAAACCCUUUCGCUGUGAGAACUGUGAUGAGAGGUUCCAAUACAAGUACCAGCUGCGCUCCCACAUGAGCAUCCACAUCGGACACAAGCAGUUCAUGUGCCAGUGGUGUGGCAAGGACUUCAACAUGAAGCAGUACUUCGAUGAGCACAUGAAGACGCACACAGGAGAGAAGCCGUUCAUCUGUGAGAUCUGUGGGAAGAGCUUCACCAGCCGGCCCAACAUGAAGAGGCACCGGCGCACGCACACGGGCGAGAAGCCGUACCCCUGCGAGGUGUGCGGCCAGCGCUUCCGCUUCUCCAACAUGCUCAAGGCGCACCGGGAGAAGUGCUUCCGGGUCACCAGCCCCGUCGACCUGCAGCCGGCCGGCCUGCCGCUGCCCCUGCACCUCCCCGCCCCCUCCUCCUCCUCGUCCUCCGGCCCCGCCCCCGCCGCGUCCUCCGCCCCCUCGCCGACCAGCCCCGCCCCCUCAGCACACCUGGGCCUCAGCCCCCCCGGCGGGCCCCUCCCUCCGCCCCGGGUAGGGGGGCACGGCUUCUCCCACCUGCACCUGCACUCGCACCCCGCCCACCACCACCACCACCACCACGGCCAUGCCCCCCAUGGCCCCGCCCCCCACCACAUGGCCACGCCCCCGGUCUCGCACCUGCCGCCGCCUCCCGCCCUGUUCAAGAGCGAGCCCCUCAACCACCGCGGCCAGGAGGACAGCUACCUGCGCCACAUGGGGCCCCCAGACAAGAGCGCGGGCGCCCCCCAGCACCACUGAGCCCCCAGUGGAGAAAUAUACCCCAACAUAUACUUAGAGAUAUAUCACCAUUAUCAUGUGCAUCUUUCCUUUCCUCCCCUGCUGGACUGCCGUUCUCACAGUGUUAACUGACAUUACAGAAAUGUGGAGGAAAAAGCCUGUGUGUGCGUGCGUGCGUGCGUUUGUGUGUGUGUGUGUGUGUGUGUGUGUGUGUGUGUGCGUGGACACGUUAGGAGAAGUUACUAGCACCCGUCAUAGACGUGAGGCUGUGUCAUGGGUGUGCAUCCUGCGCUAACUGUGCUAAGCGUUGACCUCCUUUUAUUUCCCGAGCAGACGAGGAGCCCGCUCAGGUCCUGUGUGUUACAGACACAUGAUGGGGGCUUGUCCCGAAUCCUGCCGUCUUUCUUUCCAUAAACCCCUCUGGUUCUUCA